AUGCCGAUACCCAAACCGAAAAGAAUCCACGAGGUUGUUGACCGGAACAGUGGUCAGGUGUACUUGGAGUCUUUUAAGGAGCCUUCCUUGGCCUCUUCCAAGGGUGCGGCCUGGGUCCAUGAGACGCCUUUCCUGCCUGAAGGAUGGGACAAACAACCCGUUGCACGUGGUGCACCUUCAUUGAUGCAUGCGGCAACGAGACAAGCUCUGUCGGACCAAAGAAAUCUUCGACCCGAGCUGUUUGCUUCCGUGCCAUGGCGGCUCGCAAAGUCUCUGUGGGAUAUACUUGGCCAGUGCAACAAACAGACUACAUAUGCCUGGAAACUAUUCGCAACAGCAUAUCCCGAGGAGUUCGGUAAGAUUGCUUCGCACCGUGCCAUGAAGGUCGAGAGCCCCCUCAUGCCGAUGCAGGACUACUUGAGUCUGGUCAAAGGUGACUCGUUGAGCUGGGGCGCGUGCUUAACUCUGGCUGCCACACAUGCUCGAGUUCCUGAUCUCGUAGGCUUGGCUAACAUACCCAAUCUCAUUGCGCUGGAGAUUGCCACACCACUGCAGUAUGAAGGCAUCCAGGACGAGAGCGAGGCGCCUAUGGUUGAUCUCAAUGAUCGAGUUGUGCGGUCGUGGAGUGAGUUGGCACAGAGCUCCGCGGGAUUCGCAAAUUUGAGGGUCCUGAUGUUACAAUCUCAGUCCAACAUCUCAUCUGUCGCACUACGUUACCUCCGUGACUUGCCAGCACUGCGGUUUGUGGUGCUGAAUGGGUGUCCUGCCAUUCCAGCCGGCGCUACGGUUGGGUUUGAGUUAGAGGGCUGGACUGUUGUGGAUAUGGGCGAAGUGCCGAAAUCUGUGCAGAGCAUCUACCAGAAGACGCUGGAAAUUGAUGGGGCAGAGAAGUCGACCUUCCCUGUUGAUGCCCCUACCUUCUCUCUUCAAGUUGGGCAGAAAACACUGAAGGUCUUACGCGCGACCUCGAAAAAAACUCAUCGUGCCGUUGGCUAUAAUCCCAUUUGUCUUCGGCGCAUCAAGGAUUAUGCCGAACCGCCUGUUAAGAAACAGAAAACGACUUCUGAUCAAAGACCUGCAGGCUCAAAACGGGCAGUAAUGAAAGUGCGCAAGCUGAAAGAUCUUGGGGGUAUGCUGCAGGACUUUCUCUAG